AUAAAAGUGUUAUCAAAUUGUAUUGUUAUCCUAACUGUAGUAUUAGGUACCUUACCUACAAUUACGUUUACUCUUAAUAGUUCUGAUGACCAGCGUCCUUUAAUAAGAUUAAAAUCUACACGAAAAUCUGGGGAAGCGAUUAAAGCUGAAGACCUAAAGCAUCAUGUAUUUAUAUAUCAGUUACACGACCCGAAGAAAUCACUAUAUCGUGCUUUUUGUGCUGGUAGUAUUAUAUCAAUGGAGAAAGUUCUUACGUCGACGCACUGUUUUCUAACAAAUAGAAAAAGGAGAAAACGCAAUUUUAAUCGUAUAAGGAUUGGAGCCGGUAUCUUGGACACUCUUGUUCGAAAAUCAGUAUUUGACAAUAAACAACAAUGGCGAAAAAUUGAUCAUUUAUAUACUCAAAGAUUUUAUAGAUUUCCGGCUUAUAAUUUAGCAGUUGUGAAAGUUGACAAUCAUUGGGACUUUAACGAAUUUGUUAACAAAAUUCCUUACACAAAGUGGAACCAAGAUUUUGAUGGUGUUUGUGUCGGAACUGGAGUGAGGACAACAAAGAGUUGGUCGAAGAACAAACAUCUCUUUGCCGUCACUUUUCACUUGGUCACCAGAAGAAAUUGCGAGCAAAAUUUACUUCGAAGUUGCUUAUUAUAUUAUUGUACAGAAUAUGAUAUAAAGACUUUAUCUUCCACCGAAAUAGAAGGUGGUGGUUUAGUUUGUGUUGAUACUGGUGAUCCCGCAGAAGAAAUGAAAAGUGGAGUUCUAAUUGGAGUUACUUCAGUCAUCAAUGUUGGCCUACCAUCUUUGCACAACCGAGUUGGCUUAUACUAUAAGUGGGUUACGGAUGCAAGCACGCAGUGUCAUGAAAAUGUU